AUACUUUAAUUGUUCUGUAAGGAACGCAGAACAGAUUCUUAUAAAUUUGCCAAACCUGUAGCCGUCUUACAACCCAAAAUUAAUAGUAAAGAGUCGCGAACAUUCUUGCCGCAUUACAAACUUCUAAAUUUUCCGUAUCAUGGAUUUGAAGAACUUUGAGGAGCGCUGGCGUUGCAACCAUCCGUACGAUGACUGGACGCCGCCCUUUCGGGUCGGGCCAAUGGAAGAGAUAUUCUCCGGGGGCCCGCCACACGAAGAACUAAGCAAUCCUCUGCCGCAGCCUGUAACGCAGCCAAGCCUGAACAUCUUGGCAGGCAGUAGUCUACAAAAGCGCCAACAUAAGAACGAGGGUCCGCACUUUAAUCCCUGCUCGAUUCCGACUGAUUCUGGACUCUAUUUGCGCUAUCGCAACAAGGAAACGAAUAAUGUAUUGCGGAAGCUGUGGUGCCUGGACAAGUCAAAUGUUUGCGAAUACCCUAAGUGAUGCCCAAUGGAGGUCUAUGCCUUGAACCUGCACUAGACCCAGCCACGGAACAAAAAUCAUUUCAUCAAAGCGAUGGCAUCACUGCACAUGAUAAUUGUGGGUGGCACACGACGAAAAAGCGUGAAUAAACAAUGUCGCGACUGAAUUAGUUUUACAUACAAAAAAUAAAAAUAAAAAAAAAAGAUCAACAGCA